AUGGCGAGGGCGGAGAAGCAUGGCGCCGUGGUGUCGCCGUCUUCGGGCGGGGAGGUUGAGGGGGAGCAGUGGGCGAAAGGAUGGCGGCUCGCGGCUCUGGUCAUUGGGGUCUGUCUUGCAGUGUUUUCCAUCUCCGCAGAUCGAACUAUCCUCACAACUGCCAUACCGCACAUCACAUCAGAGUUCCAAUCCACCGCAGACAUCGGCUGGUACGGCUCAGCUCACCUCCUCACGAUCUGUGCCCUCCAGCCUGUCUUUGGCAAAGUCUUUAUGCUCUUCUCCGCGAAAUGGGCAUACGUCCUAGCCAUACUCAUGUUCCUUGCUGGAUCCCUCAUCUGUGGCCUCGCCCCCAACUCUCUCGCGCUCAUCGUGGGUCGUGCCGUAGCUGGCUUUGGAAGUGCUGGGAUUCUCACCGGGAGCUUCGUCAUCGUGGCAACGGCUGUUCCCGUGAGAGUGCGUCCAGUUUACACGGCCAUCAUCGGAGCUAUUUUCGGCCUUGGCGCCAUGAUCGGUCCCCUGCUCGGAAGUGUCUUCACUGACCUUGUCACUUGGCGAUGGUGCUUCUACAUCAACCUCCCCACCGCGGGCUUCACCCUCAUCGUCUUUCUCCUGUUCUUCCACCCUCGGCAGCAAGCGCAACAGAAACAAACCUUCUUUAACAGAAUCCUAGACCUCGACCUGAUAGGCAACGUACUCCUCCUCGGGGCCUGCGUAAUGCUCUUCCUAGCCCUCCAAUACGUCACCCAUGGCGAAGCCUUGUCUAGCACAAAACUCAUCGGCCUCCUAUCAGGCGCCGGCGCAACGGCCAUCGUCUUCGCCGCAUGGCAGUGGUGGAAGCAAGACGGCGCGCUUUUCCCACCAGCCAUCAUCACGCAGCGAACCGUAGCCGCCUCCUGCGUCGCGGCCUUUGCAACGUACGGGGCUCUCCUUAUCCACAUCUACUUCCUACCAAUCUGGUUCCAGGCAGUCCGCGGCGAGAGCGCCAUAUCCUCUGGCGUGGACAUGCUCCCCUACGUCGCCGCGAUAGCCCUCUUCUCCCUCCUAGCAAGCAUCUUCGUCUCCGUCGUGGGUUACCCCUCAGCCCCGGCCAUCAUCGGAGGUAUGAUCGCGACAGCCGGGUGCGGUAAGCUCCUUACGCUCUCGCCCGACACGCCGACGUCGCACUGGAUCGGGUUCGAGAUCCUUGUCGCGGCGGGCUUCGGGAUGGCUAUACAGCAAGGGUUCACCGCCGUGCAGGCCGUUCUGCCGCCGGACGAGGUGCCCGUCGGGACCGCGGCGGUCGUGGCGUCGCAGGCGCUGGGCGGGGCCGUUUUUGUGUCUGUCGGGAAUGCGCUGUUCCAGAAUCACUUGCUGCAGGCUUCGGCGGCGGAUGCGGUCCCUGGGGUGGAUAUCCCGACGGUGCUCGGGGCCGGGGUGGCGGCGUUUCGGACGGUUGUGCCGGCUGAGGCGCUCCCGAUGAUGGUUUCUGUGUAUGAUGAUGCUCUUCGCGUGGUGUUCACUGCUGCGAUUCCUUUGGCUGCUAUUUCGGCCAUUGCGGCUUGUUUCUUGGAAUGGAAGUCUGUCAAAGGAGUGAGAGCUGCGUGA